AUGCGAGAAAAAGCGCAUGACAAUGAAUGUCACGUAGAAGUCAAAAUUACAGGUUCAAGUAAGCAACAAGCUUCAUGGAAAGACGAGAAUGCUGUCAAAGCACUUAUAAGCCAAUGGAAGUUGCACGAGGACAAAUUCAAGAGUACUACUAUUACAAAUGAUAAAGUUUGGAAUAUGAUCGCAGCAAAAUUAAUUGAGGAGAAUCCUCUUUGGGAGUACAUUGGAAAGCAGUGUGAAAAUAAGUUUAAAGAUGUCAGAAAAAUGUAUACUAAAACUAGAGACAAUAACGUAAACAAGAGUGGACAAGAUUUACAGACAUGCAAAUUUUAUGAAGAAAUGGACGCAGUAUUUGGUGAAAAACCUAUAAUCAAACCGGUAGCUAUCGCUUCUAAUUUGAAGAAGCACAAACGUUCACCUUGUGCAUUUCUCUCAUCUGAAGAUGAAGAAGAGAGGGAAAACAUUGAAAAUUUUACAGAAAAUAAGACUAAUAAAAAGACUGAGAAACCUAAGAAGAAAAGUAAAGUUAGCAAAGAGCUAGAAAAGUGGGCACUUCUACAGCAAGAAGCAGCUACUGUACGAGAACAAGCUAAGGAAAGGCGACAUGAAGAAAGAAUGCGACACCAAGCUGAAGCGAUUAAGAUGUAUGAAAGUGUCAUGAAUAAAUUAUUGCACAAAUUUUGA